AUGGCUGGCCAGCUACUCAGAGUGUCCUCCCUGACCACUGCCCUGUUGGCCUCCUCGGGCUUCUGCUAUUACCACGCACAACUGGACCUCAACGACCUGAGUCUGAUCCGCUUCGGACGAGCUGCAGUAGCGACUGCCUUCAUCAGCUACGACUACCUCAGUUCCUUCAGGCAUGUGGAGUAUGGGACAGAAGAGUACUGGGACCUCAAAUCCAAGGUGCAUCUACGCUCAGCGCUGCGGCUCCGGGAACUGUGCUGCGCCAACCGAGGCACCUUCAUCAAGGUGGGGCAGCACCUGGGUGCUCUGGACUACUUGCUCCCUGAGGAGUACACGUCCACACUCAAGGUACUCCACAGCCAGGCCCCAGAGAGCAGCAUGGAGGAAAUCCAGCAGGUCAUCAGGGAGGACCUGGGGAAGGAGCUAUCCGAGUUAUUCGUCUCUUUCGAAGAGAAGCCUCAGGGUGCCGCUUCCUUGGCCCAGGUCCAUAAAGCAGUGCUGCAUGACGGCAGGACCGUGGCUGUCAAGGUCCAGCACCCAAAAGUCCAGAAGCAAAGCUCCAAGGACAUCAUGGUCAUGGAGGUAUUGCUGAGAUCAGUCCACUGGCUCUUCCCCGAUUUUGCCUUCAUGUGGCUGGUGGAAGAGGCCAAAAAGAACAUGCCCCUGGAGCUGAACUUUCUCAAUGAAGGACGCAACGCAGAGCGGGUGGCUGAAAUGCUGGCUCUUUUCCCUUUUCUCAAGGUUCCUCAAAUCCAUUGGGACCUGUCCACUAAGAGGAUCCUGACCAUGGACUUUGUAGAGGGGGGGCAGGUCAACGACAGGGACUAUAUGAGGAGACAUGGCAUCAAUGUUAACGAGAUCUCAGAGAACCUUGGCAAAAUGUACAGCGAGAUGAUCUUUGUGCAUGGCUUUGUCCACUGCGACCCCCACCCAGGCAACGUGCUCGUCAGCAAGUGUCCCUGCAGUAAGAAAACGGAGAUUGUGCUGCUGGAUCAUGGCCUCUAUCAGGAGCUUCAGCCAGACUUCAGGCUGAACUACUGCCGGUUGUGGCAGGCUCUGAUCAGGGGAGACAUGGCCGGGGUGGAGACCUACAGCCGCAGGAUGGGUGCUGGAGACCUCUACCCGCUGUUCGCCUGCGUUCUCACUGCUCGCUCCUGGACAGCCGUCAAUGCUGGCAUCAGCUCCACCCCUGUUACCCGCUCAGAGGACGUUGAAAUCCGGACCAACGCUGCUCUCUACCUCCCUCAAAUCAGUGAGCUCCUGAACAGAGUACCCAGACAGAUGCUGUUACUGCUGAAGACAAAUGAUCUCCUGAGGGGGAUUGAGACCACCUUACAAACCAGAGCCUCCUCCUCCUCCUUCAUCAACAUGUCUCGAUGCUGCACCCGUGCUGUUGCCAGGCACAAGAGGAGCAAGGCCCGGACCACCACGCAACGUGCAAGGAUCACACUGGCCGAGUCCCUAAGCCUGUGGCAGAUCAACAUGUAUGAACUGUUCCUGUGGGUCAGAUGUUCAGUGCUGGGCAGCUGGCUGUCUGCCCUACUGGGCCUUCUGUACUGAGUUAGCUCCAGAGAUAUGGCUCCACAUUGGGAUAGGACACGGCAUACCAGAAGGACCUUCUG